GGGAAGUUUGAAGGAUGUGCCUGGCGCCUCCAUCUGAUCUCCAUGGCAAACGUAGACGUGCCGACCACGCCAAACGUGCAUACCCAAUGGGCCCAUUACGAAGCUUUCAAAACUGCCUUUACAACUAACCAAGCCCACCACCUUCUACCACCAAAAUCAUUCUUCUCCUUCGCAGAGCCAUGUCUCUUGUACGCACCGGUAGUGAAUUACACCUCUCUGCGCCACCUCCAUCUCCGAUCCCCACCGCAAAAGGAUCUCGCUCCGCUGCAAAUGAAAUCUUAUGCGACUACCUUGCCAAGUCCUUAAAUGUCCCUGAACUUUCUCUCCCUGAUCCUCACCUUCCGCUCAAUGACGCUCAUCAGAUUCCCGCAGAAAUCGAUUACCGAUGCUUAGAAUUGAGUGAUUAUGAGACCAUUGACCGCCUCUUGAUGUCGGCCAGGGAAUUCGGUGCUUUCAGGAUCACAUCCCACGGGAUUUUUGAUGACGAGUUGCGAUCGUUGGUCAGUGAAGUCGAUCAGGUUUUUCGAGAUUUAGAACAGGCAGAUGUGGGAUUUCGAGGGAAGUCUUUUAAGCGGAUCCAGAAUAAGGAGCAGAUUGAGUGGUCUCGUUCCAGGAAGGGAAGAAUUAAAUGCGCCCCAGACUACUUCGUGCCGGAAAGAUAUCGGGAUUUUAGUGAAAAAAUGGAGAAUAUUGCUAGCAAACUUGAUGCAAUUGCCGAGUUGUUGGGCAAAAUUUUCGUGGAAAACAUCGCUAGAAUGCAAUUUGGAAAGAGAAUCCAAGGGAAAGAGUCUUCUCUCAGCAUAUAUAAAUACAACCACAAGGAUAAUUAUAUGAUACGAAAUCCAUCUUCCUCUAGUGAGAGAAACAGCAAAACUUGUGACCAUAUUUUCUGCCUUCACCUACCUGCAACACCAUCUAGAUUUUUUCUCCGCUCAGCGCAAGGUCCUUUGUCUUUUGAUGCAGGGCCCGACACCAUCGUUGUCAUUGUAGGACACCGUAUUGAGGAAUGGAGCAUGGGGGAUUUCAUAUGUGUCUGUGAGGAAGUAAUCUGUGUGCCUCGCUUCCAAGGAAGCCAAGCUCCUAUCUCUAUAGAGCUCAAGUGCUUGUCUUUAAAUUUUGACCCUAAUUCCAACAAAAAUUGUAACACAAUCUCCAUUAGGGAUCAAAUCCUGUUUGUGCUAGUCAUUGCUCUCUUAUACAAAACUUUUGUUUUUCUAUUUUCAUGAUUUGCAAGAAUAGAAGCACGUCCGGAGCAUCAUAGUCAGAUGAUAAUGCUUUUAUUUGGUGAAAAUUCUGUGAAUUUUUUUACACAAGUCUUUUUGAUGUACCUAUAAUUUGGAAAGCAUGUUUUGAAUAAUGGGUGUAAGUUUGAUGUGAGGGAAUGUUAUACACAAGUCAUAGUGUGCAAAAAUAAACCCAAAAGAAAAAAGCUUGUAAUACUCUUUUUAUUUGAAUAAAUGAGCAUAUGUUUGCUGUCA